AACUGCCAUUAAACCCCGAACAAAAGAAGAAGAUCAUCGCCAAUGUGGACUCGCAUUCACGUGGAGGAACCGCACCGUGAGAUCUCGUCCAGCCGGCAGGAAGACCACUAAAGACCCUCCAAAUGACGAAGUUUGACGGUAUAGUAAAACCCAAGACAAAGCGCGCCAAGCGCUUCUUGGAGGGCAGAGCGCCCAAGCUGACGGAGGAUGUGAAGACCGCCAUGAUCAUGAAAGGGGGGAACUCCAGUCUGACCGUCACCCAGGCCCUCAAGGACAUAUAUGCCCUGAAGAAGCCCAAUGCUGUGCUGUUCAAGAAGAAGAACAUAACGCGUCCGUUUGAAGACUCAACGUCACUGGAAUUCUUCUCCAAGAAGUCCGACUGCUCCCUGUUUCUGUUCGGCUCCCACAGCAAGAAACGGCCCAACAACCUCAUAUUUGGGCGUCUGUUUGAUUUUCACGUGCUGGAUAUGAUGGAGCUGGGGAUUGAGAAAUACAUCUCACUGAGUGAUAUCAAGAGUAGCAAAUGUCCCGAAGGGACGAAGCCCAUGCUGGUGUUUGCGGGGGACGCUUUUGACACCAACAACGAGUACAGGCGUCUGAAGAGUCUGUUCAUAGACUUCUUCAGGGGGCCCGCCGUGUCCGCGGUGCGUCUGGCGGGUUUAGAGCACGUUCUGCACUUCACGGCCCUGGAGGGGAAAAUUUACAUGCGCAGCUACAGAUCUCUUUUGAAGAAGUCCGGCUGCCGCACGCCGCGCAUCGAGCUUGAGGAGAUCGGGCCGUCGUUUGACUUGGUCUUGAGGAGAACACAUCUGGCCUCAGACGACCUGUUCAAGUUUUCUCACAGACGGCCCAAAGCUCUGAAGGUCAGGAAGAAGAAGAACAUUUCCCGCGACUCCUUCGGCACCAAGUUUGGUCGGGUGCACAUGCAGAAGCAGGAUCUGUCCAAGCUGCAGACGCGCAAGAUGAAGGGCCUGAGGAAGAGGAGGGGAGCAGCAGGUGCCGAAGACAAGGACGUGCAGGUGCCCAAGGUGGCCAAAGUAGAGGGCUGAGGUGGCACGUCCAGGACACCUUGUUGUGCUUAACAUCGCCAGCUUGUGCUGGAGAGGGAGGUGCAUCCUUUAUUCAUGCCCUCAACGUCCUUUGCCCUGUUUCUCUAUGUGACUCUCAGAUACUUCUUGGUCUUGAGCACUGUGAGUGUGCUGGCUCAGCCCUUUUUGGAAGGCCAAAUCAUCAGGAAACCAAAAAAAAAAAAGUCCAGCUACAGGUUUUCCAUCGGCAGAAGUAAAAGUCUGCCUGAAUUUAUCUUUUUUGUAUUUCGGUUGGUGUGUAAAAGUUGAAUUUCACCAGCUACACUCACUUUAAAGGAAAUAAAGCUGUCAAUGACUGACACCAGGUGAUUUU